GAUGUAGACAACAUUUCGAUUAUAUCAAGUUGUAUUUUCUAUCAAAAUGUCCAUGAGAAAAAACAGAAACUGAAAUCUAAUUGUUAAAACCUUUGUAAACAAUAAGGAAACUUGUGGUGAUUCUGAAAUGGAUACUGCAUCAUCGGAGGCUCAAAUGCAAGGAUUUGGGGCAACCGUUUAUCCCGAGGGAACAAAUUUCCAUGGCAUUGUGUAUACUGGCUACAAUGACUAUCACCAAUCUGCAGUGGAUGCAAGUCGGCAAAUGGAUGGAGUCCCCCAGUAUCAGUAUUUUGGAUACUCCGCCUUGCCACAGACUGAACUAGAAAACGGCACAUAUUGGCAAACCGGUGAUAUGGGUGUUCAUCCAGGACUCGCGGCUUACCCAGUAGCCUACGCCAACCCCACGGAUUCUUCACAGGGGAUUGACUAUACGAGUUCCUCUCCUGGAGGCCAGCAUGCCAUUGGCAAAAAUGGCAAACCUAAACGCAAAAGGGUGCAGUCUGCGGCCCAACGUCGUGCAGCGAACGUUCGAGAAAGACGCAGAAUGUUCCAUCUAAAUGAGGCUUUUGACGAGCUGCGCAAGCGUCUCCCAGCAUUUAACUAUGAAAAGCGGUUAUCCCGAAUUGAAACACUGAGGUUAGCAAUGACUUAUAUUUCUUUUAUGAAGGGAGUUUCCGAAGGACAGGAUCCACAAAAAAUAAAACUUAGACCUUGCAAGACUGAGGAGAGUGAAAAUUACCACUCUUUGGAUAGAGAAAGUGGAAGUCCGUAUUUUAGCAAUGAUACGCUAGAUGACUAGUUUGCAGAAUAUUUAAAUUUUGUAAAAUAAUGAAGCAUCUAUCUUGUAGUUUUAAAUGGGGAAAUCAAGUAUGACUAUCAUUUACUGUAAGUUCCUCGUGUUUAUUAUAAGUUCCUCGUGUUUAUUAUAUGAUUCUAUACCCAAAAAAAAAACAUUUUUGUCCCAUCUGCCAACAUGAGUUCGCCUUUAAUAGCAUUACUCCCCAUUUGAAUGCGUCAACACUUUAUUUAAACAAUGUAGGUGCAAAAAUAUUAACAGAAGCGAUAUUUCUGAUAAGCGCAUUCAUUUUAUACUAUCUCGUAUGCCUAAAUACAGUGCUUCAUAUACAAUAAGGGAAGAAAUGAGUAGAUUUAGUUGUUCUGACAAUUUUGACUUCCUCAGUUUAUUGCCACAAUUUGUUUAUCUCAAGGAAAGGUUUUGAUUUUCUCUGUUAAUGAAUGUAUUGCAUGCACUUAAGGCUGCUUCUUGUGAUUCAUACUGUCAAUAUGUACAUAACUAUACACAGAACUUGUGCUGGGUUCAAUCAGCAAAAUCACCAUGUCUUCCACAAAACUAUCGCAAAUUAAAAUAGGAAUUUUCUUUCAGGAAAAUAAAUAUUUUAAAGUUUUCAAUCAGUCAUUUUAUAAAAUUUAAUUGUAUUGUACUAGAAAAAUUGAAAAAUAAAUAUGUUGAAUCAUAUAAAGAAAUGUUUUAUUUCGUUGCGGAAUUUUAUUAUCGGCUUCGGCCGAUCAUAGUUAAUUCAAUAUCAUAUCAGGCAAAGUUCACUGUUUGAGCACAAACUUGACGCUUUUCACGUUAACUUUGUUGGCAACGCAGCAACAAUUUCGUGUGAAUCAUUAAUAAAAUGUUUUGUACGAAGGAACAUUAUUAGAUAAAAUCAUUUUGAGAUGCAAACAACUAUUAUCUAUAUUAUGAUUAAAGUCACGGUC